AUGUUUUCAGUUCUCAGAAAUCUCCUAUUUUUCCUCUCCUUCUGCAUAUUCUCUCUUCUAUCAGCUCAAAAAAACCACCCACUAGACUCUCUCACUCAAUUUGAACUCAUUCAAGUUCAAACAAUAGUCAAAAAAUCAUAUCCCUCCUCUCAACAUAGUGUGUCCUUCCACUAUGUAGGCUUAGAUGAACCAGAUAAAUCACUAGUCCUCUCGUGGCAAUCAAAUCGUAAUCAACAUGAUGGAAAUCUGAGUCGUCGAGCAACUAUUAUAGCCCGUAUUGAUCGAAAAACCCAUGAAAUCAUCAUCGACUUAUCGAGUAAUUCGAUUUUACUAGAUAAAGUCUACAAUGGACAUGGCUACCCCAUACUCAACUUUGAAGAGCAGACAGCAGCUAGUGAGUUAGCAAUAGCGUACGCUCCAUUUGUGGACUCGAUCAAGAAACGAGGGCUUAAGGUAGAAGAAGUUGUCUGCUUGACUUUCACUAUUGGAUGGUAUGGGGAGAAAAGGAGUAAUAGGGUGGUUAGAGUUAUGUGCUAUUACUUAGAUGGCACUGUUAACUUGUACAUGAGACCUAUAGAGGGAAUUACAGUGACAGUUGAUCUUGAUCAAAUGAAGAUCAUCGCGUAUCGUGAUCGGACAACGGUUCCGGUCCCAAAAUCCGAAGGCACUGAAUAUAGAGAAGCAAUGCAGAAGCCUCCACUUGAUUCCAAGUUAAAAGGUAUUACUGUGUCGCAACCAGAUGGUCCAAGUUUCACUAUUGAUGGACAUACACUAAGGUGGGCUAAUUGGGAGUUCCAUCUAGCCUUUGACAUGAGAGCUGGCCUAGUUAUAUCAUUAGUAUCAAUCUAUGAUCCAGAGAAGGAUGAAAAUCGUCGUGUGAUGUAUAGAGGAUUUAUAUCAGAACUAUUUGUGCCAUACAUGGACCUAACCCAAGAAUGGUACUAUAGGACUUUCUUUGAUGCAGGUGAAUAUGGAUUUGGUCUAUGUGCUGUUCCACUUGAACCAUUAAGAGAUUGCCCGGAAAAUGCAGUAUUUAUGGAUGGAUACUUCUCUGGACAAGAUGGAACACCGGGAAAGAUAUCGAAUGUGUUCUGUAUAUUUGAACGAUACUCAGGAGAUAUAAUGUGGCGCCACACGGAAACUGGGAUCUCAGGAAAAGUGAUAAGGGAGGUCAGACCCGAGGUGAACCUGGUUGUAAGAAUGGUAUCCACUGUGGGGAACUAUGACUACAUCGUUGAUUGGGAAUUCAAGCAAACUGGCACAGUUAAAGUCACUGUUGGACUGACUGGCCUGCUUGAAGUGAGGGGAUCAGUAUAUACUCAUAAGGAUCAGAUACAAGAGGAAGUUUACGGUACUAUAUUAGCAGAGAAUACUAUUGGAGUUCACCAUGAUCACUUCUUCGCAUCAAAGAGGAAGAGCUAUUGGACCGUUAUCAGUGAAACUGCCAAAACCGAGUCUGAUGCAAGGAUUCAACUUGGUUCGGGAGCGGCCGAGCUGUUAGUCAUGAACCCGAACAAGAAGACUAAGUUAGGGAAUUGUGUUGGCUACCGUUUGAUCCCUCAAUCAGAGGCACGUUCUCUGUUGAUGGAUGAUGCUUAUGAACAAAUCCGGGGUGCAUUUACAGAGUAUAAUGUGUGGAUCACACCAUAUAACAAGUCUGAGAAAUGGGCUGGAGGAUUAUAUACAGAUCAAAGCAGAGGAGAUGACACUUUAGCUACAUGGAGCCUAAGGAAUAGGGAAAUCGAGAACAGGGACAUUGUUUUAUGGUACACAUUAGGGUUUCACCAUGUUCCAUAUCAAGAAGAUUUUCCUAUUAUGCCAACUGUAAGCAGUGGUUUUGAGCUAAGGCCAUCCAAUUUCUUCGAGCAUAAUCCUACGCUCAAAGUAAAACCUCCUAAAUAA